UUAGAAAGUCUAAAAAGUAGAUAAUGAAAGCUUAUCCUCAUUGAAAGUUCAAACCACAAACCCGAGGAGCGAAAUCACAUCAAACAAAACACAAAAGAGCAAAACAUAUCAGUCAACAUUGGUGUCUUAAAAUCCACAAUUGUCCAAAUAUCUCAUCCCUCUCUUACUCGCCAUUAAUAAAAGUCUGUAAGUUUAAAACACAAAAACCUUCUUCCUUCACUUCUUGAGUCACCCCAACAACACACUCUUUCUAACUUCACUUAAUCCAAAACCCGAAACCAUGAGCUUCCGCGACCCGAAUCCAAUGAGCCCACCCGGUAUCAAUUCGGAUCCGGUGAGCUUCACUAUAAAAAGCAAAAUCAUGCUCACCACCACAAUCUUAAUCUUAUUCAUUGCCAUUCUUAUGGUCUCUCUCCACCUCUGUUCACGAUGGUAUCUCCUCCGUUCUAGCCGCUUCAACCGCACCGCCGCCGCACUUACCUUCUUCGCAAACCCUUCCUCCACCGCCGUCGUCACUACUAGUGGUGGCCUUAACCCCUCUGUCAUCAAAUCUCUUCCAAUUUUCACGUUCUCCGCCGCAACCGCCCAAAAAAACGCUAUCGAAUGUGCAGUUUGCCUCUCGGCCUUCGUGGAUAACGAAUCGGGUCGGGUUUUGCCCAAUUGCAAGCAUACAUUUCACGUUCACUGCAUCGAUAUGUGGUUUCAUUCUCAUUCCUCUUGUCCUCUCUGUCGAUCGCUAAUCGAACCUUUCGCCGGAGGAGUGAAAUCGACGACGGAUGAAGUCGCGAUUUCGAUUUCUGACCUGGUUUCCAGUGACAUGAACCGCCACGAAGGAACUGAGACUUCCGGUAACCCGGACCCUGAAGAUUCCCGGAGAAAACCGGCGGCGAUUGAAAUCCCACGGAGGAAUCACGGAGAAAUGGAAAACGAUUUGACUCCGAGUCAAACAUUGAGAUCACCGAUGAGCCGGGUGAUAUCUUUCACUCGGAAUUUGAGUCGAGAUCGGAGAAGUGCUUCUUCUUCUUCACCGGUCUGUAGCAUGCCGGUGAGGGCGUUAGAUAUCGAAUUGGGAGGAGAAGAGACUCGUUGACUUAUUAGUAUUCAAUGUGACUACCACGUGGACAUGUAUUAUUGGUCGUAAUUUAUAUGUUCAUUUUUCUCGGUUUAGAGUUUAAUAUGAAAGUAAAAACAAUUCUUUCUCAUGUCUCAGUCACUUCUAUUCGUCAGCCGUUCUUGAAUACCAAAAAGUAUUAAACUCUAA